UAUAUAUCUUUCUCUCUAUCUCUCUAUAUAACAAACACCAGUUAUAUCACCACCCACCCCUUCUCCCUUACCUUCCUUCCUACCAAAUGGCUUCAGAUCAGCAUCAUCAUCAUCAUCAUCAGCAUCAGCAUCAGCAUCAGCAUCAGCAUCCAUGGCUUUCCUUUCUCAAGUCCGCCAUGGCCACCAUCUCCGCCCCUGACCGGAACAACAAGAAAGACAACAACAACCUCAACAUCCUUGCCUUCGAGGUCUCCACUCUCAUGUCCAAGCUCCUCUCUCUCUCCCGCUCACUCUCCGACUCUAACCUCUCCCAUCUCCGUUACUCCAUCUCCUCCCCCGGCGUCCGCAAGGUUGUCUCCGACGACGACUCCUUCCUCCUUGCCCUCAUCUUCGCCGAGCUCACUGACUCCCUCCGCCUCAUCUCCAACUCCAUCUCCCACCUCUCAUCCCGCUGCUCUAACCCCUCUCUCAGAUCCUUCCCUUAUGCUUUCAAAAACUUCGUCUCCUCCGGCGAGGACUCUCACCACUGGGUUUUGUCCUCCAAGGACAUGCUUUACAAGUCUAAGAAGAUGGACCGGCUCAUCUCCUCCACCUCUGAUCUCCAUUCUCAGCUCCAUGAUCUCGUCGACUCCGAACAACUCCUCAAGAAACUCCUCCACUGCAGCCAUGAAUUCUCUAUGAACAAGAUCACCACCAUCGCUGAGGCUCAACAAAGAGUGGUACGUCAACGGCAGCAGGUCGAGCAUUUGAAGCAGGUUUCACUCUGGGGUUGCACCUUCGACGCUGCCGUCAAGCUCUUGGCUAGGUCUUGCUUCACAGUGUUCGCUAGGAUUCUCCACGCGUUUGGCGCCGGCCAUGCAGCGCCGCAGAGGAGCCUGUCCGCGGCGGUGUACCCGGCUCCUCCUGGACCAUUGAUAUCCGAGACUACCGGGUUGUUUGAGUGGAGCUCGAGGAUGUUAGCCGCGCCGGAGAUGACGCUCGGCGCGGCGGCUCUGGCGGCGAGGUACGCCAACGUGGUCAUCGUUGUGGAGAAGAUGAUGAAAGCGCCGGGAUCGGUCGGACAGGAGGGGCGGGACGAGUUGUACGGGAUGUUGCCAGAUGGCGUGAGGGGAUUGGUCAGGAGGAGGUUGAGAGGGGUGGUGGGCCCGGCUUCCGAUGCUGAGCUGGCAGUGGAGUGGAGGGAAGCCAUAUCGAGUAUCAUGGCGUGGCUGGGGCCGUUGGCUCACGACACUGUAACGUGGCAGACGGAGAGGUUCACGCCGGAGCGGAGGAGGAGCCACGUGGCAGGGGAUGUGGGGCCCAUGCUGUGGAGAACGCUUUGGUUCGCCAACAGAGAGAAGGUGGAGGCCGCCGUGACGGAGUUGCUGGUUGGGCUUAACUACAUUUGGAGGUUCGAACUCGAGUUGAGCUCGAGAAACAGGCUCAGAGAAUAGUUACAAUUUGUUCUCUAUGUUUUCCGUUUUCUGUUUCCACUUGUUUUCCAAAGUGGGUUUGGAGUGAAUGUACAGUCAUUUUGGAAUUUGUUUUAUGGGUGUAUCAGUGUAUGUAUAUUGAUGGAAAAUGAAUGAUGAGUGUGGAAAUUGGAAAUUGGAAAUUGGAAAAAUGGUUGUGGAGGGGGAGCAAAGUGGAGUGAUUUCAGGUCUGGAAAACACUUUACUGGCAUACAAGCACAUAAUAGAAUGAUUGCAAUUUGCAAGUGUGUGUCUCAAUUAUGAAUUAUGGAAAGUGGGGAUGCAUCAUGCAAGGUGACAUGGGAAU